AUGGAUCCGCCAAACACCAAAGUGCAACCGCAACUUAACACCACGGCUGUUGCCACUUAUGCUCGUCAGAAUACGAGAGACUCGUAUUACAACGGCGUUGCUGGUUAUGAAGAUCACCCGCCGCUUCUCUAUCGUUCUGAUUACUUCAAAACCCUCUACCCCACCCCCAGCGGCAGAUUCUUCCGCCUGCCUAUCAAGUCGAUUCAUGGAGUUUUUAACACGCCUCUUAACAAGGUUUGGGAGAAUGUCCGGUACCAGAUUCGCGAUCUCUUGAAAGCUCGAAAUAUCAAGCGGUCAGCCAUUGACCCUGCUCGCUUUGUUACCGAGGGACAAGAUCACGAGCUGACUAUCGGGCCCGUUGUCAUUUGGGUCGGUGUCCGUCCAGACUCAACGUCCUCCGAAACAGCACACAACGUAUCCCAGGAGAUCCUAGCGCUUCUCAAACAGAACGGAGUCGAUGAUGUCGAGGUCGAGUAG